GCCCCGCCCUGGCCCGCCCCCGAUCUAUGUAAGGCGGCCGGGCUCGGAGUCUCGCCACUGCCGGACUCCCGUGUCCCUCCGCGCAGGCGGGCGGCCCGGAGAGCUAGUGCUUGCGCAGGUGGCGCCCCCCUCCUCACCAUGAACAGAGGCUUCUCCAGAAAGAGCCACGCGUUCCUGCCCAAGAUCUUCUUCCAAAAAAUGUCAUCUUCAGGGGCCAAGGACAAGCCUGAGCUGCAGUUUCCCUUCCUUCAGGAUGAGGAUACAGUGGCCACGCUGCACGAGUGCAAGACGCUCUUCAUCCUGCGUGGUUUGCCAGGAAGCGGCAAGUCUACAUUGGCACGGGUCAUCGUAGACAAGUACCGUGAUGGCACCAAGGUGGUGUCUGCUGAUGCUUACAAGAUCAACCCUGGCGCUCGAGCAACCUUUUCUGAGGAGUACAAGCGGCUUGAUGAGGAACUGGCUGCUUACUGCCGACGAGGGAACAUCAGAAUUCUUGUGGUAGAUGACACCAACCAUGAGCGGGACCGGCUGGAGCAACUCUUUGAAAUUGCCGACCAAUACCAGUACCAGGUGGUGCUGGUAGAGCCCAAGACAGCAUGGCGGCUGGACUGUGCCCAGCUCAAGGAGAAGAACCAGUGGCUGCUCACAGCUGAAGAUCUGAAGAAGCUGAAGCCUGGGCUGGAGAAGGACAUCCUGCCACUCUACUUCGGCUGGUUCCUGACCAAGAAGAGUUCUGAGAACCUCCGCAAAAUUGGCCAGGUCUUCCUGGACGAGCUGGGGAACCACAAGGCCUUCAAGAAGGAGCUUCCACACUUUAAAUCUGGGGAUGAGCCCAGGGAGAAGAUUGACCUGGUCACCUAUUUUGGGAAGAGACCCCCAGGUGUGCUGCACUGCACAACCAAGUUCUGUGACUAUGGGAAGGCCACAGGGGCAGAUGAGUACGCCCAACUGGAUGUGGUGAAGAAAUCUUACUGCAAAGCAUUCACGCUGACCAUCUCUGCCCUCUUUGUGACACCCAAGACAACUGGGGCUCGGGUAGAGCUGAGCGAUCAGGAGCUGCAGUUGUGGCCAAGUGACGUGGACAAGCUGACCCCCUCUGACACCCUGCCCCAGGGGAGCCGUGCCCACAUCACUCUCGGCUGUGCAGCUGAUGUGGAGGCUGUGCAGACAGGCCUUGAUCUUUUAGAGAUUGUGCGGCAGGAGAAAGGGGGCAACCGAGGUGAGGAGGUGGGUGAGCUAAGCCGGGGCAAGCUCUACUCCAUGGGCAAUGGGCGCUGGAUGCUAAACCUGGCCAAGAAGGUGGAAGUCAGGGCCAUCUUCACAGGAUACUACGGGAAGGGCAAACCUGUGCCCACACAAGGCAGCCGGAAGGGAGGUGCCAUGCAGUCCUGCACCAUCAUUUGAGUCCUCGCCAUUGUAGCCCCCUUGCUCUUUAGAAGGGAAGGGAAGGGGAGGGGAGGAGAGGGAAAAUGCCCUCUCCUUUGUCUUUUUUUUUUUUUUUUACUGAAAGUUAACCUACAACUUUUUAAAAAUGUGUAAAAUAAUUGCCCCACCUUCUCCUCUAAUGCUUAAGCUCUCAACAAAAGGUGGGUGGGUAGGUACUAUUCUAAAACCUGGACCAAAGCUAAUGAGGCUGGUCUGAGCUGGGCCUGGAGCUGCAACCAAAACCCUGAGUCCUGCCCUGCUCCAAGUAGUAGGUAAUCCCAGGCCCACUGCUGUCCAGAGCUGGGCUCCUGGGGAGAGACACAGCUGCAUAAACCCUGCUGACUAGAGGCAAAAGGCAGUGGGGCUGCAAUUUUUCUAACACUGUGAAAAACUAAAGGUGGCUUUGAUCCCAUUUCUUAAUCAGUGUUGCCCCAGGAAGGCUGGGGCUGCUUACUAGGGUAGAAAAAGAGGUUUACCUACCACCUUUGGUCCUAAGUCUGUCUGUCCCUUCACACCAUAACUAAGUAAUAGUUUGGUAACUAGGGAAGAACCAGAACAAGCAGUAGCCAUAGCCCAGGCUGGCUGCUGGUCUCACCCAGAAAGGUGAGCUGGCUGUCCUUCCCCAUGGUGUUCUUUUGUUGUGUGGAUGGGGAGAUUGAGGCCAGAAGCAUCCUCUGGGCGAGGACACUCCAAUCUGUUGUCUGCCCAACCCAUCCUGCCUCCAUGGUGCCUCUGGAGGUCUCUAGGCCUCCUCUAAAGGAGGCUGGUGGGUGCUAAGAGCCAAUGGAGUGGCCCCUAGCUGGUAAGGGCCAAGUCUCACCUGUUGCCUUUGGGGAGGGUUUAACACUGCUGCUUAUGCUAUGGUUCCUCAGUGUCUUCCACUGCCUUUUCAGUAACAGGACCUUGCUAAUCAGACUGUCAUUCAAAAGUGCUUUGGAUUUAAGUUACUAUCUUAGAUUUAAGUUACUAUCCUGUCUUUGCUCAACCUCAGCAACUUGUAAGACUGACAGUGAAAUAAAUCAUGUUAAUCCUA